AUGCGAUUUGCGAAGAGUGCCGGUGGCGCAGUGCUGCUUGCGGCGCAGCUGGCUCGCGCCCAAUGCUCUGAGAAAGCCUACGCUCGAAGUUCUCUUGGAAAGCGUGCAGUGGAAGGUGUACCACAGUUCGUACUGGAUUAUGCCCCGCUAAGCUACAUCCACCACGAAGACGUUUACUUCCCUUCUGACCUGCAAGCGCAAAUUGAUAAUACUCAGCCAGAGGUUGAUUUUAACGUCAUUGCUGACGCUGAGUCUCCGCUCAAUCUGAACAACCUGGAUUCUCUCAACUCAUUCGGCAAGGAGGUCUACCUUACUUCAAAGGAUGAUAUCACGCAAAGUCCGCCUUGGCUGGGUGGUGUGCAACCCGACUGCAAUGGAAAGACGGACAACGCCAUUACUGCAGCUGUCAUUGUCAAUGACAAGGGAAACGGGACGGUUGAUGCCUUCUACAUGUAUUUCUAUGCGUACAACUGGGGUGGCGUGGUGCUGGAUCUACAGGUAGGAAAUCACGUUGGGGACUGGGAGCACAACAUGGUGCGCUUCGAAGACGGCGAGCCGAAAUGGGUGUGGUAUUCGCAGCACAGCAACGGCCAGAACUUCGCCUACGAUAUCCUGCAUAAAUCCGGGGACCGCCCCAUCAACUACGUUGCCAAUGGUACGCACGCCAACUAUGCCAUCCCCGGCACGCACGACCACACCAUCCCCAACUUCAACCUGCCCACCGGUCUCCUGCUCGACCACACCGAAGGACCCGACGAUGGUGGUUUGCUCUGGGACCCGCUGCUCUCUGCCUACUUCUACAACUACACCAACGCCACCGGCACCCCAACCUUCACCGUCCUCGGCGACGACGACUCCACUCCGACGUCGUGGCUCAACUACCUCGGUAAAUGGGGUGAUGAGGAGUAUCCGGAAGAUGACGACAGACAGCAGCUGCUGUUCGGCGGCGCUAUUGCAAAGUACGCCAGCGGGCCAACGGGGCCGAUCGCGAAGCAGCUGGAUCGGAAGGAAGUCUGUCCGAGUAAUGGCAACCUGUGCAUCUACAGAUGGAUUUUGGCGCCGUGA